UAGAAAUAAACCAAAUAAAAAAAACACAAACAGAAGAAAGCCAAAUGGAGAGAAUACAAUUAGAAAAAGAUCAAGUAGAAGAAAAAGAAAGCCAAUUAGAGGAAAAUCAAGAAGGAGGUUUCAUUUAUCGUGAUACACUUCGAAAACGUAAAAGUAGAAAAGAUGAAACAUCUCAGCAACAUGAAAUGCAUCUUGCACGAGACCAUGAGCGAAAAUGGCAAAAAAGAGCAACAAAAAAACUUGAAACACAGCUUACUAAUGUGAGUAGAGAAAAUUCUCAAAGUACAAACAUGAGCAGACAAAAUUCUAGAAGUACAAGUAUGAGUAUAAGUAGACAAAAUUCUAGAAGUACAAAUGCAGAUAUUAGUGAAUAUAAAAAUGAAUCUGAUUUGCUGUAUACUAAUCUACAAUUGGAGUCUAAUAUAUUUUUCAGAAGUAUAGAAACAGAAAAUAAACAUGAAGAUGAACAAAAUAUAUUGGAUAAUAUGAAUCAACAGCAGAUGUUAGAUAUAUCUCAAAGUAGUGAUAACAAUAUAGUUUUACAACAUACUGACCCUCUUUCUGCUUAUCUCAAUAAUGCUGAUCAAAACCUUCUACAACGAUUUCGUAAUAAAAUGAAUAAAUUGGAGCAUAUACUCUGUCCAAUAUGCAAUGAAUGUUUUUUAUCUAUAACACUUGUAAAAAAAGAAUGUCGCCGUUGCUUUACUGAAAAGAAUGAAUUAAAUAUAGAAACUGAAGAAAAUGUAAUUACAAGCACCUUUGUACCUUUUCUUCCUUCAGAUAAUAGAGAAGAAACUGCAAUAAAUAAUAUGCUUAAUUGA